AUGAACAUAUCGUGUCCCAUUGGAUCAGAGAUCGACUCGGUGUCUUUUUCGUUCUACGAGCCGCACGAGAUUCGCAAGAUUUCCGUCAAGCAGAUCAUCAACCCGGUUUUAUUUGACACUUUUGGACAUCCUACCAAGGGCGGUUUAUACGAUCCUGCACUCGGCCCAUACCAACGAACACAAAUUUGUGCAACAUGUUCGCAAAACAGUAUCCAAUGCCCUGGUCACUUUGGUCACAUUGAAUUACCAGUGCCAACCUACAACCCAAUGUUCUUCGACAACCUAUACGCCAUCAUCCGUGCCAAAUGUGUAUACUGUAACAAGUUUCGAGUGAAUCGCUACUUUAUGAAAAAAACGAUUGCAAAAUUGCAUCUCCUCCAACAUGGUCUUAUUCGUGAAGCACAAGCACUUGAUGAAAUGCACAUGGCUGGCGCAAAGAAGGGAGAUGAGGAUAACCUUGAGGAUAAGAUGGAGACCGAUGGCUUGGCAAAGGAUAAGGAAGAAGACUAUAUAGCUCGCAUUGAUAACUACGUGAAGGAUUGUAUGGCUGAUAAUCAAGCACGCCGAUUUGCCAACGACAACUACAAAUUGACAGUUAUCAACGAUGCGCGAAAGCAAGUGAUGUCUGAAUUCAUCAAGAUCUGUAUCCAUUGCAAGCGUUGUGGUAAUUGCCAGGGUAUCUCGCCACCUAUUCGCCGUGAUGGUGCAGCCAAGCUCUUCCAAUUGAGUUUAACCAAGAAAGAUCAAACCAAGAUGGCAGCACUUCCAAACAUUGAAGUCGACGAAGAACUCAGCAACGCCGGUCAGCGAUAUUUGAAUCCUUGGCAAGUUCGCAAGCACAUCCAGUCUUUGUUUGAAGAAGAGCCCGAGAUUACCACCUUGUUGUUUGGUGCACGCAAUCCCAGUGUCCCAUCUCAGGUUCGCAAGGCCACCUAUCACAUGUUCUUUAUUGAAGUGUUGGCUGUUGCUCCUACACGCUUUCGACCUCCUUCUGUUAUGGGCGACAAGGUGUUUGAAUCUCCACAAAAUGAAUUGUUGAGCGGCAUCUUGAAAACAGCACAUCAAGUACGUGAUUUGUCCAACGAGCUUCAAGCUUCAAAGAACGACCAGGAUAGCACCAAAGAAAAGAUUAUUCGUCUUCAGAAUAUGUUUAUCGAGAGCAUCAUUGGAUUGCAACAUGCCAUGAACUCGUUUAUUGAUUCAACAAAGAAUCCUGGUACCUUUGGACAGGGUCAAACGCCACCUCCUGGUAUUCGUCAGGCAUUGGAGAAGAAGGAAGGUCUUUUCAGAAAGCAUAUGAUGGGCAAGCGUGUCAACUAUGCUGCCAGAUCCGUUAUUUCGCCCGAUCCCAAUAUUGAGACAAAUGAAAUUGGUGUGCCUCCAGUCUUUGCACGCAAGUUGACUUAUCCUGAACCUGUGACGGCUCACAAUAUCAAGGAGUUGCGUCAAGCUGUCAUCAAUGGUCCUUUCAAAUGGCCCGGUGCUACGCAUGUGCAACAUGAAGAUCAAUCUUUGGAUGUAUUGGAAAAUCUCAGCUUGGAAUCUCGUAUUGCUCUUGCCAACUCUUUGCUUGCUCCUCAAAGCUCUCAAGCUGCUCAAAGUGCCAGCAACCCAUAUCCCACUCGCACUCAAACCAUCAACAAGAAGGUCUUCCGCCAUCUUCGUAAUGGUGAUAUGCUUUUGCUCAAUCGUCAGCCUACUUUGCACAAGCCUUCCAUCAUGGCUCACAAAGCACGUGUUUUGCCUGGUGAAAAGACUAUUCGUAUGCACUACGCCAAUUGUAACACCUACAAUGCCGAUUUCGAUGGUGAUGAAAUGAACAUGCAUUUUCCUCAAAACGAGAUUGCACGCGCCGAAGCAGCUCUUAUUGCCAACACCGACAACCAAUACUUGGUCCCUACCAGUGGUAACCCUCUUCGUGGUUUGAUUCAAGAUCACGUUGUUUCGGGUGUAUGGAUGACAUCGCGUGGUACCUUUUUCAACCGAGAAGAGUAUCAACAAUUGUUAUAUGGUUCCCUUCGUCCUGAAGAUGGUAGCACUGGUAAUGGUCGUGUGAUCACUUUGCCUCCCACAAUUUGGAAGCCUGAACCUCUUUGGACUGGUAAACAAGUGAUCUCUACCAUCUUAUUGAACUUGACUGUUGGCAAACCCCAGCUCAAUUUGACAUCCAAACCCAAGGUGCCUGGUCGAUACUGGGGCAAGGAUGCCAAUGAAGAAGGAGAAGUGCUUGUCAUGGAUGGCGAGUUGUUGACCGGUGUUCUUGAUAAGGCCCAAUUUGGUGCUUCAGCUUAUGGUCUUGUUCACUCCAUUUAUGAACUUUAUGGUCCUGAUGCCGCUGGCAAGAUUCUCAGCAUCUUUGGUCGUCUCUUCACCAAGUUUGUUCAAAGCCAUGGUUUCACCUGUAGAAUGGAUGAUUUGCGUUUGACGGAAGAGGGUGACAAAUGGCGUCGUGAUCUUUUGGACAAUGGUCAAGGCCUUGGUCGUGAAGCACAUUUGGAAUAUUUGGGUUUGACUGAAAGUGCAAAGACAGCAAGCAAGGAAUCACUUGAAAAAGAAUUCAACUUGCGUAUGGCUGAAGUUGCUCGUGAUGAUAACAAGUUGGCUGGUCUUGAUAAUGCCAUGAAGUCCAAGGUCAACAAGCUCACUUCCUCUAUUACUGAAAAGUGUCUUCCCAAUGGUCUUGUGCGCCAAUUCCCUGCCAACGACAUGCAAAUGAUGACUGUUUCUGGUGCCAAGGGUUCCAAUGUCAACGCUGCUCAAAUUUCUUGUAUGCUUGGUCAACAGGAAUUGGAAGGCCGUCGUGUCCCACUCAUGGUUUCAGGUCGAUCAUUGCCAUCUUUCCGCCCUUAUGAUACAAGUGCACGUGCUGGUGGUUAUGUUGCUGGUCGUUUCUUGACUGGUAUUCGUCCACAAGAAUACUACUUCCAUUGUAUGGCUGGUCGUGAAGGUUUGAUUGAUACCGCUGUCAAGACAUCCCGUUCCGGUUACUUGCAACGUUGUUUGAUCAAGCAUUUGGAAGGCUUGCGUGUGUUCUAUGAUCACACUGUACGUGAUUCAGAUGGCUCUAUCUUGCAAUUCAACUAUGGUGAAGAUUCGCUUGAUGUUAUCAAGGCCAAGUACCUCAACGAGUUCAGCUUCUCAGCACACAACUUUGAAAUGUUGACUCAAAAGUACAACCCCAAGGCUGCAUUGACAUCUCUCAACACCAAGGAUGGUGAAGAAUACGUUAAGAAGGCACUCAAGAAACCUGGAAAGUACGACCCUGCAUUAUCAGUCUACAGCCCAUCCACUCAUUUGGGUGUUGUAUCGGAGAAGUUCGCACUCGGCAUGAAGAAAUACAUUGAUCAGAACCCUGACAACAUGCCAUUCAGCAAAUCUACCGAGAAGACCAAGAACAAUGAGCGUUUCUCAUCACUCACAAGAAACAAAUUCAGAGCUUUGAUGCAAUUGAAGUACUUGCAUAGUUUGGUGGAUCCUGGUGAAGCUGUUGGUCUUUUGGCUGCACAAUCUGUUGGUGAACCUUCUACUCAAAUGACCCUCAACACUUUCCAUUUUGCUGGUUAUGGUGCUGCUAACGUGACUCUUGGUAUCCCACGUCUUCGUGAAAUCAUCAUGACUGCUGCUCGUGUCAUCAAGACCCCCACCAUGUUGUUACCACUCAAGCCUGAUGUUUCUCAAGAAGAUGCAUCCAACUUUUGCAAAAAGGCUAGCAAGCUUACUUUGUCACAGCUGUUAGACAAUGUUGUUGUCACCGAAUCCGUAUUGGCUAAGUCGGCAGAAACCAACUAUCAGCGUGCCAAGGUGUACUCGAUUCGCCUCAACUUGUUCAAUGAGAAGGAAUAUCGUGAAGAAUACCGUGUCACCGCUCAGCGUGUGAAGGAAGUGCUGGCAACUACCUUCUUGAAGGGAUUGCAGGAUGCUAUCAAACGUGAUAUCAAGGGUGCACGCAAAGCUUACACUGAAGAUAUCUCUGCCCCAUCCAAGGGACGUGAUGACAAUGGUGAAUCAGGAGAUUUGGAUGAUAGUCAAGCUGUUGAAGCAACCUAUGAUUCGGAUGCUGGUGAUGGUGACGCUACCGAUGCACGAUUAGCAGCAAAGACUCGACAAAACGCCAGCUACGAUGAGCCUGAUGAGGAAGAUGUUGCCAACCGAACACUUGAGGACGAAGAAGCUGAGCUUGAGAAGGUUGCACAAAACGGUGUUGAUGAUGAUGAGGAACUUGAGGAUGGAUCGGCUACAACCAAUAGCGAGAAUUGGGCCAAGAUUGCAGUGGAAGAUCACGACUAUGUUUCUCGAUGGUCAUUUGAUGACAAGGAUGGCGCUUGGUGUGAAGUUGAUAUGACUUUCCCUGCCGAUGUCAAAAAGAUGCUCAUGGUCAGCUUGAUUGAAAAGAUCAGCACACGUGUCAUUGUUCACGAAAUCAAGGGUAUCCAACGAUGCUUUGAAUAUGUCAACCCUACUGAGAAUGAUACCUCGAAACGUCUGCAAACUGAAGGUGUCAACUUGAUUGGCAUGUGGAGCCACAGCGAUUUGAUUGAUAUAAACUACAUUGAUACCAAUGACAUUGCAGCCAUUCUCCGCACUUAUGGUGUUGAAGCAGCACGCAAUGCCAUCAUCAAGGAAAUUGCAGGUGUUUUCGAUGUGUACGGUAUCAAGGUGGAUCGACGACACUUGACGCUGAUUGCCGAUUACAUGACAUUCGAGGGUGGUUACAAGCCAUUCAACCGUAUGGGUCUCGCAAGUAAUACAUCGCCAUUCCUCAAGAUGAGUUAUGAGUCUACAUGCAAGUUCUUGACGGAUGCCACUUUACAUGGCGACUUUGAUACGCUUGAAUCACCUUCCGCACGCAUCGUUUUGGGCAAGGUUGUCGAAGGAGGAACCGGAUCAUUCCAAGUUUUGCAACCCCUCACCACUACGGCAGCAUAG